GGCGCGCCCGCCGGUUGUGGCCAUGGCGGCCGCGGCCUCCAGUGUGGUGAGGCGAGUGGAGGAGCUCGGGGACCUGGCUCAAGCCCAUAUUCAGCAACUUAGCGAAGCCGCCGGCGAAGAUGAUCACUUUUUAAUUCGGGCCUCUGCAGCUCUAGAAAAAUUGAAACUUCUCUGUGGAGAAGAUAAAGAAUGUUCAAAUCCAUCAAAUCUUCUAGAACUCUACACACAGGCUAUUUUGGACAUGACAUAUUUUGAGGAGAACAAGCUAGUAGAUGAAGAUUUUCCUGAAGAUUCUUCGCAGAAAGUAAAAGAACUAAUCAGUUUUCUUUCAGAACCAGAAAUUUUAGUUAAAGAAAAUAAUAUGCAUCCAAAAUACUGCGACUUGCUUGGGGAUGAACUCGUGGAAUGUCUCUCUUGGAGACGAGGAGCCCUACUCUAUAUGUAUUGUCAUUCUCUGACCAAAAGAAGAGAAUGGCUCACGAGAAAAUCUAGUUUUCUUAAAAAGUACCUCGUUGAUGGAAUCAGUUACUUGCUACAGAUGCUAAAUUAUCGGUGUCCUAUCCAGUUAAAUGAAGGAGUUUCUUUCCAAGACCUAGACACAGCUAAAUUACUGAGUGAAGGAAUAUUUAGUGACAUUCAUUUGCUGGCUAUGAUGUACAGUGGAGAAAUGUGUUACUGGGGCUUGAAGCAUUGUGCAGGUCAACAGCCGGAAAAUCAUGAAGUGGAUGCUGGUGUUUCUGGAGCAAGCUACACUACACAUGAAGAACCUUUGGAUUUCCGAGAAGUAGGAGAAAAAAUUUUGAAAAAGUAUGUGUCUGUGUGUGAAGGACCCCUGAAAGAGCAAGAAUGGAAUACAACAAAUGCAAAACAAAUUUUAAACUUCUUUCAGCAUUGCACGAACUAGUAAGUUUAUCUGUCCUUUUCAAACAGAAAAACAAACAAAAAGACCCAUGAAAUUGAAAAGUUCCAGAAAAGAAGACAUAAUGACACUGAAUUUAAGAAUAUUACACUACAUAAAGAUGUUCAGCAUGGCUACCCUUUUUCAAGUGCCAUCACCAUCUUUCAUUAUAUAUUCUUAAACGGUUCUUUAAUUUCUAAAAUGGCAUGUAUGUUAUUCUAACUCAGCCUGAAUUACCGAUAUCCUGUAACUAAUACUAAGGAGGAAUUCACUUUAGCUUUACAAUGAUUUUUUUCUGUUAGAUUUUUUUUUUAUUGUGGUAAAAUAAUACAUAACAUAAAAUUGACUAUUUUAACUGUCUUUAGAUUAUUUUUUAAUCUCCCUACCUUGAAGUUUGCUGUGCUUCAAAGAUUUAAAAUCAAGUCAUCUAUUUGCUUUGGAUAUAUGCUUUGGAUAUAAAAAUUGGCAAAAUAAAAAAUUGUGACUAUUCUGA